CAUUAAUUCACAUAUUGAACAGUGGUAAUCUGUAUUAUUUCAAAAGGUUUUUUCCGUUAGGGAACAACUUUUUCUAAAAGUCGGGAGUUCUGAUAGUACAGAAACUCUUUGUGAGAGUCUUGUUAAAACGUUUGCAAAAAAUAUACCACUUUCUUCUAAAUGAAGCACCAGGAAAAAAUACUUUUUCCUUCUACAAAAAAAAAUUCCCUACAGAAAUUGUAUCAAUUUAAAAAACUACCAAUACAAAAUAAAAGAUGUGCUAAUUGUGGAGAUUUCGGACCAACAUUUAUUUGUGUCAAUUUUGGAACAUUUGUAUGUACAAUUUGUGCUGGAAUCCAUCGUGAGCUUCUUCAUCGGGUAAAAUCCAUCGAAUUAUCUGAAUGGACAAACGACGAAAUUGAAUUUAUUCUUUCUCAUGGCAAUCUCAAAGAUCAAUGUUAUUAUCUUGCUAAACUCUCAGAAUCUGAAAAAAUUUAUCAACAUCACCAGUUUGAUUCUUUAAAGCUUUGGAUAAAAGACAAAUAUAUUCACAAAAAUCUGCUCAGAUGGUGCCUUCCCGAUGACUCGAAUAAGAAAACACCACAGGAAACAACUAUGACUUCUCAAAAUUCGGGUCCUUUAAUACAGUUGGACAGCACAGCGAUGGCUAAAGAUUCUCCUAUCUUCAAAAGUUUAGUGCCAGAAACACCCACCGUAUUUUUUUUCGAUUUUCCUGAUUCAACUCCUAAUAAAGUGAAGAAUAUAGUUCCUUUGUCUUUCAGAGAUAAAAAAAAUAACAACUUUGAUAAAAAUAUUAAACAAGAGGCCAACUAUGAUCAGAAAAACUCACUCGAGUCUGGUUCCACAAGUGAACGUCAACAGAAGGACACAAAUCUGUGCGACUGGGCCACACAAUUACACUUUGACAUAGUGGAAACGAAGCACAUAAAUACACAUGCUUCAGUCCCAGCUACUUCGUUUCUACUUGACGGAGAUAAUACUUUGUUACCUACCGAUAUUCCCUCAUCAGUCUCUUCUACUAAGACACUGAUAAGCACAAUGCGCUCUCAGGACACAUGCCUUGAGACGCAAGCUGAGUAUUUAACGACAGAUGGUUUCUCUAAAAAUUCAUUUAACGUGAAACAAGUAACACGUAUAGUUUUUUUUUCUUUUUGUGUGCACUAUACAUAAAACUCAAGGUUUCACCCUGUUGCGAUUAUCUUUUCGAUACGCUGCCAUGACCAUAGGAAAACCAACCUUUACGAUUCCUUAGGAAAUCAUCUGUUUACAUUCUUGCUGCCAUGAAAAAGUUAUUUCAAUUACAUAUAAAGUUAAUUGCUACUGUUUUUAGUGGGAAAAAAAAAAUAGUUUUAUAAACUAAUUAAAUUGAAAAUGGCACGGAAAUAUUUCGUUUUGUUAAAUA